UUAUAACAAAAGAGUGUUUCAUAUGUACUUCCGGUAACUUUAAGGACUUUCCUCAGGAUGGCAUCGGGGUCACUGUGCCGGGUUGUUCAACAUUGCAGGCUUGUACAACACUGCUCCAAGAGAUGCCUUCAAACAUCGCCUGUUUAUCAGAAAAAUAUCAGAUCUGGCAUUCCAAAAAGCACAGUCAAAAGAAAUAUACCCCUGACUUAUGAGACUGCACAGUAUCCCUACCAAAUAGGAGUGACAAAAUCUUGGAAUUCCUGGCAUACAAGUAAUUUACAUGAAGAGGAAGGAGCAUCAGAAGCAGCCAUGGAGGAUGAGCUGAUCAGAAAACUGAUGAGAGGAAUCUGGGGCAGGAGACUCAUGUCAGAGUGUAUCAUUAAACGUCGAUUUAAUACAGUAACAUUGGUGUUUUUAGCAAACCAAUUCGGGAAGAUGGGAGAAUUGAGUUUUCUUGUUGGUUUUACAGAAGAACUUUUCAGCCAUUUGUUGAAACGUCCAGUAAAUAUUGAAAUGCAAACUGUUCCUGAAAACCCAGACUCAAGUUUUAAACAUGUCUAAUUUUGUAGAUUCUUAUUGAUAUUAAAUAUUUUGCUUUCAUGUA